AAUCAAACAGUGAUUCGAGAAAAACAAGAAAAGUAUCAGCAGGAAAAUGUCAAGCAUAUCUUCUAGAUAUGGAACGCCAGAGGAAAUACCAUAAUCUGCUAUAUAAAAAUAGGCAAACGGAUUCUACUUGCGAAGCUGAAUAUACCAAUGACUUAACUUUGGACAUCAAGGAAGAAAUUGACGAAGAUCAAGAGGCUACAGGUCAAGAUUAUAACAAAAAAUAUGAGUCAAAAUGUUUUACCUUAGGUAUAAAAGAAACGGAAAAAUUUUCUGUUAAAAAAUUGCCGAUUCAUAAAAAACAGAAAAUUUGGGAAUCAGAACAGAAGUCGGAAAAGGAGUACAAAUGCGAAAAGUGUGCUCGAACCUAUAUACGAAAUAGAAGUUUAAUUGCUCAUCAGAAAUUUGAAUGCAACGUUAUUCCACAAUUCAGUUGUAAAUUCUGCAACAAAAGAUUUAAGAUAAAAUCUAAUGUGAAUAGACAUAUAGUUCAGGUGCAUCAGAAACCAAAUUCAAAUGCAUCAUUAAGGCAUAAUUGCGACGAAUGUUCUCGAAGUUACACUUCCCGAAAUAAUUUAAGUCGUCAUAAACGUUCGGAACAUGCAGGAGUCAAACCGCAAUUAUUGUUUUGCGAUUUAUGUGGGCAUAAAACGACUCGGAAAAGUUGCUUGUCAGCACACAUUUCUGUACGCCAUCUAAAAUAAUUAUAAAAUUACGUUAUAGUUUAUGUUAUUUUUUUAAAAAAGCACUAUAUAAUGCUCGAUUUUAAUUUUGAAGGUUUAUCAUAUAUAUCGUAAUUGAUGGAAGUGUCGCAAUUCGUGUAGUCACAUUCAAACAAAUGAAAUAAACUUUUAAUAAAUUUAUUGACAGUUUCUGAUAGAGAUUGUUUGCAAUGUAGGUAUGAGAAUGUAUGGGGUUUUACCAUUUUCUCGCUAUCUGCUUUCUGAUCUGUUGGCAAGUGUUACUAUUAAUUCAUAAAAUAUUUGCCAUUCCUCAUAAAGAAUAUUGUAAAAUGAUUUGGUUUUCGUAAUUUAAGUUAAGAAAUGUUGUUGAUGUAAGUAAAGAAGAUUAUUAAAUAUUUGUUCCAAAGACAAAUUAA